GUUUAAUGUCAUCGAUGACGAUGUAACCUGGAAAGAAGGUUAAAUUGAAAUAAAUCGCAAAUGUGGACCUUACAUUGUCAAUGUUUGCGAUUUAUUCGCGGAAAUUAUUGCAAGUAAUGCAUACAUUUUUUUUCGUGAUUUCUGUCAUUUUUGUAUAUCUUCCUAGCCGGCCCAUUUUUAGCUUCAAUUUUUGUAUAACCUUCUUGUUGAGUGUUAAAAUGUAUUGCUUAUUAUAUAAGCCUCUCCGAACAUCUUCAAAUCUAUGGUCAACAGUUAUUUCUAUGUUAGUUCAACUGCCUCGACUAAAUGCUUUCUCUCUGUAAUUACACAUAGACAAAAAUAAAAUAAAUUCUUCUUAAAAAAAGAAGAAGAACAAUGAAAUAUCUACGCACCAAUAUAUAGCUAGAUGGGAGGCACAGGAGUUUAAAAUUUAAAAAUUUCCACGUUCUAUAUUGCCCGGUAAUUUUAUGUUUAAUGACUUUGAACAAAUCAUUUCAUCUGAAUUCAUUUUCUCAAACACUUCAGAAAGACGGGGUGUAUGUUUACAAAUGUAACAAUAUUUACUAUGCAUUAUAAUAAAUUAUUUUCACCCCGUCUUUCGUUUACUCUUUCUGAUUGUAUAUAAAUGCAAGUGCAUUACUGGUUUGACCAUUUAACUGGAGAGAGAGAUCGCAAGAAGAAGUGAAGCAAAGAGAAGAUUUAUUUAGUAGUGACGAAAAAACAAUAUGUCUUCCUUAAGACCAACAUUUCUUAGCGAAGGGAAUUGUCCGUGUUGUGUACCAAAAAGAAAUUAUCAUCCAACUUAUCACCACUACCUGCCAGUACCGCCAGCCGCACCUUUACCACCAAGAUGGCCGAUUACACCGCCAGGAUACCGAUUGUCAUCGCAACCGUUGUCAUCACAACCAUUGGAAUGCUGCAGUCGAGCGAGCAAUACUCUAUGUAUGCCGCCACCACACUACUCCAUGUUACAUCAAGAUGAUCCUAUGAAUUUACACAUUGAUCCGUUUCGAAAUCGACACAAACGCUUUCGUCGUAUGCGCAUGCGUACUAACUUUACGUCGUGGCAGUUAGAUGAACUUGAAAAUACUUUUCUUCGAACACAUUAUCCAGAUGUAUUCGUUCGGGAAGGGUUAGCUAUGAAACUCCAACUACCAGAGUCGAGAGUGCAGGUAUGGUUUCAAAACAGGCGAGCAAAAUGGCGGAAACGAGAACAAAACGAAGAUGAGCAUGGUGACGUUACUAGUGAAGGUGAAACAAUAAAAGAAAAUGCAGCAACCAUUCCAGACAUCACAUCGACAAUUUCUCCUGAACCAAAAACGAAAAAGAAAUCAUUUAAGAGCAUCGAGCAAAUACUCGCUGAUAAAGUUCACAACCCUACCGAAGUUACUGUGAAGGAAGAGGCAAGCGAGACAAGAGAAGAUAACUACGAGCCGAUUAUUUUAUCCACAAGUUAUUCGUAUAUGCGUGAGCAACUAAGUGAUGGCAGUGACGAAGAAGACUCCGUGGUCGCGCGUUCGCCUAUAGAGGACGCUGUUGUCGCGCGUCCGCCAAAGCUAAUUCCUAUUACUGACUGAAAUCUGGUUUGUAUAAAUAGAAAUGAACUCUUCAUGUUUUGUCAGAAAAUUCGUUCUUGUAGAUAUUGUGCUGAAAUCAUAUUAAAACGAAGAAAUAAGUUUCGUGUUGUUUUAUAAACCCUACUAACAAAAUUGUGAAUACUAAUAAUUUUAGUGAGGAAAUUAUGUUCGCUUUCGAUUUUUCAAUGUUUUCUUUUGUUUUAAUUUUCAUACUCAGUUAUUUUUGAACACGCAUGUGUAAUGUCUUGUUGACUACACCCACAAUCAUUGGAUACAAUAAAUGUAUGGUAUUUUCAACUAUUUUUACCAUUUUUAGCGUUGAUAUGUGCAUAUGGAAAGUCUAAUUCUGCGCUAAAUAUCUGAAUAAGUUUCCACAGUGAUCAUAUUAAAACACAAAGACAUUAUUUUACAUUUUUAAAAAUCUCAAGGGUACCAAUUAUCAAACCUCGUAUGCACGGUUGUAGGACGAUAUUCUCAGGAUAAUCAAACUUUUUCCACCCCUAUCAGACAUGGUCUCUUUUGCUUAAAGUUAAUCCGCAAAUUUAAAAAUGAGCAUGCAUACUCUCUUUGCACCUUUAAACAACAGAAAAUGCUCAAUGGCGGCAGUCAGUAGGUAUCGUAGAAAAAAAUAUAAAACAUUUUUUCUCAUUGACGUUGGAAGGAUGCUGUUUUUAUGCUAAAAUCUGGGUGGAAAUUAUUCGCAGUGCAACUAUCUAGGGGAAAAUUACUGUGGGAUAAUUAUUCAGAGAGGAAUUAUCCUGGAAUCUAUAUGUAUAUUUACUUAUAACAUUAUUUCAGCAGUAUAGAAAACAACAGAUUAUCUUGCUUUACCGACUGAUAGCCUUGUGGUAGAGCGUUCGCUUGUAGUGCGGAAGGUCUUGGGUUCAAACCACGGCCGAGUCAUGCAAGAGACUAUAAAAGUGUAAAUCUAUCCUUUCUGCUUAUCGUUCAGGAUAAGAAUAGGAUUGAUAUCUUAGGCGGUUGUCUAGUUGAGCGAUUGCUGUGCUUGCACGACUUUCGUUGCUCAAAUAUGAGCUUUAAACGCGCUAGAAACUCCUUCGUAGGAC